UAGAAAGAAGGCGGUGUAACUGCAGUUGUUGUGCGGUAGAGCUGGUGGCAGGCUGCCAUUGAUGAUGGCAAUGGAAGGCCACGGUGCACCAGCACGUAAGGUGAUGGUGGUUGUGGACCCAACACGUGAAUCAGCGACAGCUCUUCAAUACGCUCUCUCACAUGCUGUGAUAGAAAAAGAUACCUUAAUUCUAUUCCACGUUGAAAACAGUAACGUAUGGAAAAAUCCCUUUGGUUCAUUUUUUAGAAAGCACUCCGCACAGUCGGCCGGCUCGGGUGGCACCGCCGCAUCAUCAUCAUCAUUGCAAGCUAGUGGAGGACUUAUGGACUUUCUUGAAGCAAUGAAGCAUGCAUGUGAAAUUGCUCAUCCAAAGUUAAAGAUUCUUGUAGAGAAGGCAGACAUAGUGGAUGGAAAGGACAAGGCUUCCAUAAUUCUUGCUCAAACCAUAUCUCAAAAAAUUGAUCUUCUUGUUAUUGGGCAGCGAAGGAGUCUAUCUAAUGCAAUAUUAGGGCCUAAACGAGGAUCACUAAGAGGGCUAGAUACAGCAGAAUAUUUGAUUGAACACAGCAAAUGCACCUCUGUGGCAGUGCAGAAGAAGGGUCUAAAUGCUGGAUAUCUUCUUAACACUAAAACACAAAAAAACUUCUGGCUUUUAGCAUAGGCACCAUACAUGGAUCCUGUCAACUUGUACCAGUUGUAAUCACUUCUCAAUCUCUUUGCAGUUGAUUCUUUUUUCUUUUUCUUUUUUCUUUUUUUGCCUUUUCGAAAUCAGUUUACUCAUUUAUAAGUUCUAAUGUUGCAAUAGAGAGAUAAUUUGGUUUGUUUCUGCAACACGUAGCGGAUUAAUGUUAGUUGAUCAACCUGAACAAGUCAAUAAUAUGUUUUUCAUUACCCAGAUAC